AACAAAUCUUUGACACUGCCAAUAUUAAAAGAGAUUAAUUUGAGUUCUUAUUAUGAACAACAUGAAACUAGCGAAGAAACACAAUAUGAAGGAAACAUGUACAUUUAUUGCGAUUUCACAUUGUGUAGCAUUUAUUAUGUUUUUGUAAUCAUAGACCAUUUAAUAUUUUCUAUAUAAAUGCCAAUGUUCUCUCUUACUUUCACACUUACAAAGCAUUGCAUCACAAGCAGCACUGAACGAAAAGUAUGUUGUCCACAAAGAUUUGCAUUCUUGUGAUCGGCGUUUUGGCACACGUGGCCUUGGUGAAGCCGUGUACCCUCACAGAGUUUAUAAUAUGUAUGGCGAACUGUUGCGGACCUCCUCCUCCUCCUCAGGUUUGCAGACUUUCGACUUUCGACGAAUUCCGUGAUUGCUGUUGUCCUCAAGGCAUUGCUGGCAAACGGUCUUUAGACGAAGAUCUGGCCACAUCCUCUAGGAAUAUGAGAUCGUCUCAUGGUCAUAGAAUUGGACAACCAAAGGGAAAAGCCAGGCCUAUUCCUGAGGAAGAACAACGGCAAAUCGAUAAUUUGGAGAGAUUCGUGAAUAAGCCUAUGAACCCAGAAAAGGAUUCAUACAUGUUUAUUGCUAAAGAUUUCCUUUUUGAAAAACUUACGCAGAACUCAAUUUACACAUAUAGCAUCUGUGACGAUCAAGACGACGGGCUUAUUUUUCGUUGACGCAUUCCACUUUCGAUGUCCCUCUUCAAUUUUGGAAACAAGACAAACGAAACGAUACGCACGUACUUCAGCUUUACCAUUCAUGACGUCACAUCGUCCCUUAUUGGGUUAUUCUACAAUUGAUUUUGCUGCUAUAUCACCGGAUUACUCCCCCUCCCCCGUUGUGUGUCACCAUGUUGAAAUACAGUCAAUACACAAAGCAAGUGGACCCAUAUUGGCAUUGUAAAGAACUGUGGAUCCAUCGUUUCCAUUUUAAAUGCUUUGAGAGAUCUUCCUUUGAGAACAUUCAGACACCAUCUUCGUACGCUCGGUCUUCACUGCGUUCAUCGAGUGAACG